GCUUAUUUAAUGGUAUUUAUACAGUAUGUAACCAGAAACUGACGGUCAUACUCUGUUAUACUUUUUCAGUGGGUAAAGGACAACAGCAUAGUAGCACCUGCCCACGGCCAGAUGUCAGAGGGGUGAAAAUGUAAUUAACUAGUCGGUUAAUGCAGAACAUCUAUUCACAAAAGAAGCCCGUGAACUUUUGAGCGAAACUGUAUUCAUUUUUCGAAGCAGAACUUUUUUCCUAAAUAGGUUUUUAGAGGAGGAAGAAGGUGACACAAAAUAACACAAAUUAUACGGUACAAAGCCCACCUAUUGAACGUGCUGAAAGUUUGAUAUUGAUAAUUUGACUUAAACCAGCCAGGUGUCCUGAAAAAAAAAGAAGCACUGGUAUGAAUCGGCGCUUAAUCGAUUUCCGCAAUGACAGACGCUGUUUCACUUCACGUGCGUGCAAGAAGCAGGGAUACAUGUAUUAAAACUAUAAUAAAGAUCACUAACAUUAGCACUGGCGUGGGUGGUACUGUAACUAGGCUCUCCAUCUACAGUAGUUGUGCACUUGACAAGCGGUAAUCCUGUCCUGAGCUCCUGCCUGAGACUUGCUCAAUAUUGUGCAGUAUAUUAUAGACACAUGGUAUAAAACAUGGUUUGGGAACAGUACAGUCUGGCGAGGAUUUAGUUCAGCAAAAGGCUGAGAGCUUGACGAGAUCAAAUAAGUUUCGUAACAUGUCUUCAAAUUCAAAGCCAAAUUCAGAAGCUGUGAUAUUAUUAUCAUGGAUGUCUUAUUUUACUGUCGCUACAACAUUAGACACCAGCUGAAAGACGAGACUGGUUAAUUGCUCAAACGUUCCAGGUUAAUUGUUUUCUGAACCGCUGUCAAAUAGCUGGGUGGUUGCAUCACACACACACUUCAAAUAUUAACACGCCAAAGGCAAACCUGCGAAUUGUCGGAAUUGUGUGUAUUCCUGACAGUAAAUUAAAAGAGUAAGGCGAUUAAGAAAAUCCCUAAGUGUUAUUUUACUGGUGCGCAGAGAAUACAGGAUGGAGAAGUAUUGUUCAUUGCUUCAAAGCAGUGUAGUGAACGAGAAAAGAUAACGUGUGUGAAGGGUUCCCAUUUGAACGCGUCUGUGACCCCAAACUCCCGUUCAGAACAUCCAUUUCUUAGUUCAGGAAGAGCAGCAGGUUUUGUAACCGACUCAACGGCCUCAACAACCACCUGACCUCAAACCUAUUAAAAUUUUACAGAAAUAUUACAGAUGAGUGACACGAAGAUCGCAACCAGCCCGUGCUCUCUAUACGAUUGGACGACCAAAGUCGCGAAAAACAGGCACUGGCAGAAAAGCGUGUGGCAGGAGGCUGAGAGCGCGUUUCUCCUUGUUAUAACGAGGGGUGGAUUCCGGAGAGACGUUUUGCAGUCAAAAGACGGGAAAUCGUCAUUCGUUUCACUUAUGUUUAUGUUGUAAAAGGACCUGCACAGAUACACUUAAAGUUUAAGUUGUUUCUUUAUUGGUUGUAAUUGUGUAAAACUCUCCAGGCGCGCCCGUAGUUCUUUCCGCUAGUACAGUAUGUGUAGAGUUUACUAGCAUCCGCAUAACUACACCACGUUACACGAGUCGUCCACGGAUAUCAUUUAUCACCAGUUUGGGCGUUUAUAUAGAAGAUAUAAGCAGUACGAGCUGCACCUGGCGAUUAGCAUUCCUAAUGCUGUAUACGUAAACCGCGGAUUGUAACCCACGACAGGUAACGCACACGACGUCGGUUACAAACAGGACGCAAUGUCACAACCCCCAUGGAUUACCGUUAAAGCCAAACGUAUUUGCUUUUGAAAAUAUUUUUUUUAACACGAGAUGGCAACUAGCUGGAAGGCCCCGUGACCGCUUUUUGAACUCCAGUCGGCUUUCGCCGUCCGUCCUCCCAAUCUGCGCUUUUCCGAGCCGUCGAGUCCCGAGUCUACGAAAAACACAUUAAAAAAGCCCACACUGCAGUCCCGGCAGGUUCGGCGACAGGAGUCCGAGGUCAUGAUUCCACCCGGGGACUGCAUGUAUGCUGGCAGGAAGAGGAGAAAGCCCGUUCAGAAACAAAAGCCGGCGGUCGUGAGCGAGAAGUCCAACCCCUCGAAGAGGCACAGAGAUCGGCUCAACGCGGAGCUGGACCGGCUCGCCAGCCUCCUGCCCUUCUCCCCGGACGUCAUUUCCAAGCUGGACAAGCUCUCCGUGCUGCGGCUCAGCGUCAGCUACCUCAGGGUGAAGAGCUUCUUCCAAGCGAUUCAAGAGAAGCCAUCCAGAAAUCACAUCAGCCAGGCAGCCAGUCAAGACUCCAGGAAAGACAGCCUGCCAGUGGGAAGCAGUGUCACAGAGAGUGAACUAUUGCUUGAGUCCUUGAGUGGUUUUGCCCUUGUGGUGAGCACAGAUGGAAUGAUAUUUUAUGCCUCAUCCACCAUUGUUGACUACUUAGGCUUCCAUCAGACAGAUGUGAUGCACCAGAAUGUCUUUGAUUAUAUCCAUGUGGACGACCGACAGGAGUUCAGACGACAGCUCCACUGGGCCAUGAAUCCCCCUCAGCAAGUGUCCGGGCAGGACCCUCAGUUAACAGCGGGAACCGGCGAGGAGUUUAUGUUCGGCAGCCCGUUCAGCUCCCAGGAGUCGGACGGCGUGCCUCCAGAGUUCUCCUGCUUUCUCAACCGGUGCUUUAUCUCCAGAGUCCGCUGCCUGCUGGACAGCACCUCGGGCUUCCUGACGAUGCAGUUCCAGGGCAGACUGAAGUUUCUUUAUGGGCAGAAGAAGAAGACGGCGUCGGGUGCCAGUCUGCCUCCGCAGCUCGCUCUGUUCUGCGUGGCCGUGCCUCUGCUGCUGCCCUCCAUCACCGAGAUGAAGAUGAAGAGCAUGAUCAUGAGGAACAAGCACAAGCCGGGAGUCAUCACUCCACUGGAGGUCGAUCAGGAAGACGUCAAGAAGAAGCAUCCCAGUGCUGGCACCAUGACUGAGAGUGUGGAGGGGUUCCUGCUGACCUGCUCCCACAGUGCAGCGGGGCAGCUUGGCCACCACAGCUCCUGGUCGCCAGUCACCAAAGACGGGAUCAGACACAAGAUGGAAGUGUGCAAGAGUGAAGAAUUCUAUCCCCAGGACGAGCCUCUGAAUUUCUGCAAAACCUCCAUUGGUGGCCAGAAAGCUCACAGUCUGGAAAACCCAUGGGCUCUACGUGUUUCUGCAGGAGCAGUGAGAGCCGGCCACCACGCCCACCACCUUCAGAACAGACUGGGAAAGUCCAGCCAUUUUGGAAAACCCGGCGGUUAUAAAACGCCCCCGGGCUGCCACCACCUCAGGAAUGACACCCCUCUGCCAAAACUCUACGGCACUCUGCAGAGCCCGGGAAUGGACGGCUACUGCACAGGCGGCAUCAAGACGGAGGGCCCGUACGCGCCCCGCGUGGACGGCUUUGACGCCCGGCUGCUGCCCGAGACGGCCAUUAAGAUCGAGCAGGAUUCGGACUCGGAGAACGGAUGCGACGUGUUCGGCGCGCCCCGGAGCAGAGCGUGGACGGGCAGGGAGCAGAUGGACAAGAGGUACGGCUACGCGGAGGGCCUCCCGCUGAAGACGGAGGCGGACUAUUACGAGCAGUAUUCCCCCUGUCAGAAGAGCAAAGGCAGCCUCAGCCCUCCAUUCAAUGGGCACUACCAGGGCAUGGGCGCUGGGGGCAGGCCCCUGAAGUGUGUCCUGAACAAAGACUAUACCCAGUUCAGCCCACAGUGUGGAGGCCAGAGCACCAGCUGCGUGGACAGCCCCCUGUACAGGGACAGCUCCGCGGAGCCGAAGGGCUACGUCCAGCAGGAGUACAAGGUAAACUACGAGUUCAAAGGUCACAGCCUGAUCCACUCCAUCAAAAGAGAGCCGGUCGACUCUCCGCCAUGGGCUGGCGGCCACCUGGACGUGACCCAGCAUCCUUUACAGCAGCACAUCAUGCCCAACUGUGUCAUGAGCUCCGGAGCGCAGAAGUCUAACCCUUAUGCCUACUUGCAGUAAGUGGCCAGACGAGCAGAACGUGCAGGAGGUGAUCCUGUGUGCGUGCAAGGCCUGAGCCGAAGGACAGUAUUACUUUAAUGUAACGGGGGAUUUGAGAUCCACCAGAGGAGGGUUCUCUCUUCUUUUUUUUUUACUAUGCUAUCAAAAUGCAAACUGUAGUUUUUCUUAAAUGCACUUUUCAUACAAUAGUGACGCAAAUAUUUUUAGAUUUACUUGCGCUCGUGUUUAUAGUUUACAAUGUGCGCUGCAUAUUUUACCUUGCAUAAGCCUUAGGCUGUAAGGACAUCGCAGAUAAAGGCUUUGCAACUAUUUGUGAAUAAUAUAUUAAGCACUAUUAUUUUUGCUUCUGUUUAUACAGUGUAAAUACAGAAAAAGCUUACCAAUUUCCACUGCAACGCAUCCAUUAGUAUUUAUAUAUAUAAUGUGUAAAUUACAUGUUGCUGUACUUUUUUGUAAUAUGCACACAAUAUGGUUUAAUAUGAAGACAAAAUGCUGGCAACAUUUGAUAAACAAUUUUGGGAGUGAUGCUUGCUGAUUUAACAGCAGUCUGAUGUAAAAACUGUUAUGUUAACAGUGAUUUAAUUGUGGAACUUUUCCUGCAUUCUUGAAUUAACCAAAGCAGAAGGGUUGAUGUACUAUUUUGUCUAUAUUUCUUUUACAUGCUUAGAAAUUUUAUUAAUGUGCAUUUUCCAUACUUUCUCCACAAUGGUAUAACUUCAGAAAUGAGUCUUUGUUUGAUUUGUUUUAUAAACUUUCAUCACAUUUUUCAAAAUGAAGAUAAAAUCAGAAUCCUAUGAAACAAUGAGGUCAUGACAUACUGUAUGCAGCUCAAUAUUUCUUAAAUUAAGUAAAAAAAUACUCUUUUCAUCAUAAACAAGGUAAGAAAUUGAAUUUAUUCAUAAAAUCACCCAUAUACAAAUGCGGGCAUUUCACUUAUGUCAAAGGAAUAUUCCUUCUUAUUAUUAAUUAUAAUUAAAUAAUGAAUUAAUUUGAAUUUAACAAUGCACAGAAAGUGUUUACUAUAUCUCAGACAGUGGUUACCUCUUUUGCAGAAAUAUAAAUAUAAACAAACAAUAGCUUUGAUGUUUUUUACAGAGGAUUUUUUUUCUCAACAUGUGUGUGGUGCUCUGUUCCUAAUGGGACUCCUUAGUUAUAAAUUAAAGCAGAGGCAGAUCUAUUUUGAUUAAAUAAUGUUAUUAUACUGUAGGUGUGUCCCUUCACACUUUACCAAAUGUCUUCACGUUGUGCGGUAGUCAAGUUGAUUUUUUAUUUCUAAAUAAUUAAAAUUGCACUCUACUCUUCUAUGUUAUGCAAAAACCUACCACAAAGAAUAUCCAAAGGAUUGAUAGUCUGAUAUACUUUACCAAGGUGACAAACUCCUUUAGGAUGCCAGUUUAGAGGGGAACUUUCCACAUAUUGCUAUUGUCUUGGCUUUCCCGAGUUCAAAAGGGCAAAUGUGGAUAAGAUGUUGAAAAUUAUACCAGAAAAUGGACCACUUCCAAACAAGUCAUCCCGUUUCUUCUUUCCAGAAGGUUUUUGAGUCAUACUUUCUAAUAAGGGUCAGUAAUAUCUGUUAAUGAAUCCAUUUAGAGAAUGCAUAAUGUAGUGAAUGUAGUGAAUUUACUGUUAGUAGACAGCUUACAAACAUGCUUCAACAUGCAUUGUACAUUUUCCUGGAAAACGUUAGCGUGCGGAAAAUUGUAACCUGUGAAAUGGUUGUAGUGAUUACUAUCAAAGAUGUUACAGUGAUCUCAGGACACAUCUUGGUAUGAAAUGUCGAGCCACAGACAGUAUUUAUAUAUUACAAAGAACAUAUGAUAUGACAACUCCAUACAGUAGUUAAUAGCUACUGUAUUUAUAACUAGUCAAUAGACGUUUAAUAACCUAUGUACGCAUUAUCUAUUAAGAGUUACUAAAGGAUUAAUGAAGGAUGUAUUACGGAGCCUUAUUAUAAAGUAUUACUUUUUUUGUUUAAGAUCAUCAUGUGGUAAAUGUAAAAUUCCAUUGACUCUGAGCUUUCUUAUGUUUAAGCAAACAAAAACGUACUCAAAAGAAUCCCCAAGCAAGAGUACAUUAAUUUGGCUGUUUGGCGCCUGUUUCCAAAGAUUUCAGUAAGCCAGACACCUCACUGAACUGGUCGUGUGAAUAAUCAUGCAAAUAAUCUGUGUAUAAUAAGACAAUAUGGUUAUGGCUUUAUUUUGUGCUUUACACAUAAAAACAUGAGCUCUUCUUCUCAUGAAAGAUACGACCAAAAAUAAAUCAAUCAGCACACAGAUCUUUAAUUUAAUUAAAUAAUAAAUGUGCAUCCUCACACAAAAAGCCAUGAAACUGACAGAUUUUAAAAGGUGAACAGCAUUUUUAGUUAAAUGCUUGUUUGUUUUACAUUGUUCAGGGUAAAUGUGUACAGUAUACCCCCAUUAAAAAACAAUUUGAUGUAAAAAGGUUGGUUUAUAAAUCAUAUUUCCAUAAAUAUUGUUAGUGUGCAGAUCAGAUCACAGUCUUUAAUAUUUUUUGUAUUUUGUAUAAAAAUAAAUACAAAUUACUUUUUUUUUCAUUCAUUUCCUUGCUUUUGCAUUAAAAGAGAGAUUAGGUGUUCUCCAUGAAUUAUUUUACAAUACUGUACAACAAGACCAAGAAGUUCAAAAAAGUUGAACACUUUCUAAUAGAUCACACUUAGGUCAGUGAUUCUUAAUGUUUCAAUAACUCCACAAAGGGGAAUUAUAGACUUUGAGCUGUGUAUGUUGCCAAGGAUGGUAAUGCUUGCCCAGGUGUGUAUAUUUGGAUUGAGGUUAAUUCACCUUGGCAGAACAUUUCAUACCCACAUAAAGCUACUGUUUGUUAUGCUUCCUUUCAGUUUCUUUUUUGAGCUUGCACUAAAGAACUGGAUAAUGAAUCUUACUGCUACCUAGACAUAAUGUCGAAUUGACAUGCACAGGUUUGAUGUUUCGCAUUUUAAAAUCAUUGCUUUGGUUCUGUUUUAUGUACAAUAUCAUAAUGUGUCCAAUGUUUUGUAUUUAUUGUCAGCAACCUAGCAGAAAUGUUUAUUUAAAAUUAUUGUCUGGGGGCUUUGCGCUAUUUCAUAUAAGACAAAAAGGCAGAAUUUCUAGUCUUCCUUUUCCUAAAUAUACCCUUUAAGAUCAAUACAUUAGUAAAUGAAACAAGCUCUUCAGCUAAUCUUGUAGCUGCAAAGCAGCACCUACAAUAUGUAUUGCAGCAUUUUCUCAAUAAUAUUUUGUGUGUAUUUUUUUGACAAAACUUCAAUAAAACUUUCAGAACUGA